UUCGGAUCUAACGAAAAUAACCAAAUUGAGUUUAAUGAGGAAGACGAUGAUGAGAAUAAAUUUAUUGAUGAGAAUAAAAUCGAAUCCAAUAAAGAAAAUGAAGAAAAAUUUGAAACCAGAAGUAAAGAAAUCCAUCGUCACUUAUAUCUUCAAUGUAAACGUGGUGGUCAGCCCCAGAAUACCUCUAAUCUAACAGUAGAUACACGUCAAAAAAAAAGGAUGAGCAAGCGUUGUGGGUGCCCAUAUUUAUUAAAGGCCAUCCCAAAAGACUCUAAAUGGAAAGUUGUUGAAGUAAUAAAUAAGCAUAAUCAUCCUAAGGCUAAAGAUGCAAGAGUAUUUCAUGAACAUCAUCGGUUAACACAAGAAGCCAAACGCACAGCUGUGCAAAUGUUAAAAGCUGGGGCAAAACCUAAAUGGGAACCAAUUGCAACUAGACGAGAUAUUUUAAAUUUGAGUUCACGAAUUCAUAUUUCAGAGGAAAAUGCCUCGAUGGAGGCACUAAUAGUAGGUAUGGAAAAAAGAGGAUAUAGCGUUCGUCGUGAAGAUCAAAAAGUUAAGAUGGCUAGGCGCUUUCCAGAAGUUGUUCUAGCUGAUGCAACCUACAAGACGAAUGUUUACAAACUGCCAUUUGUAAAUUUCGUCGGUAUUAGUAAUCUUGGGGUUAACCGAUUACAAACCUUUGGAAUUGCCGGUGCUUGGAUCUCAGAUGAAUCUGAGAAGUCAUAUAUUUGGGUGGUUGAAAAGCUUGCCUCGCUUAUUUUUUUUGAUAUUUCUCCACUUGUGUUUGUUACGGAUAACGACGCUGCACUUAUUGGCGCCCUUAAAAAAGUAUUUCCUCAAUCUGAAAAUCUCUUGUGUACCUGGCAUGUUUUGAAUAAUUUCAAAAAGAAUUUAAGAAAACACUUCGAUGAUAAUUCUUAUGACGAAAUUAUAAAAAUCGUAGAUCGUAUUAUCCAUUUGAGAGAUUAUGGUGCACAUUCGGCUAUGAAACAUGCCAUUGAGACUUCAGGAAGUUUAACGAAAUCUUUUAAUUCAUUAGAUAGAUGGAUACGUUUGCAUUAUGAGGAACUUUCAUUACAAUAUGAAAAUGAAAGUGUGAAUAUUGACCCUCUAUUAACAUGGGAUGAUAAGAAUCGAUUAAAGCCACUUUUAGGAAGGGUAGCGCAAUUUGCUUUGAAUAAGAUCAAGAAUGAGCUUCUUAGUAUUACUACGUAUCAGGCUUGUUUGUGUGAAUCACGUAUUAAUUACAACAUACCUUGUCGACAUAUUCUUCCACUAAACGGUCCUGUCAUGCUAUCAAUUAUUCCAAAAAGAUGUUUACUAUUUCCUGACCAAGUUCAAGUUGAUUCUAAUUACCUAAUGAAAGACUUAUCUUCAACUGGCUUUGAUAAUUUUUCACUAAAGUCUCGAUUAUAUAAAAUUGAAACACGAUAUAUGAACUUUCUGGAUGAACAACAAAAAUCAGAUCUUCUAAGUAAACUUGAUGGCAUUUUAGAAGUACCUGAAGUCAAACUUUCUGAAAUAAAGAUUCCAGAGCAAAUUACAGGAAAAGGACGCCCUUGUGGCACUAAACGAUUACCAAUUGCAUUAGAGAAUAUGGAAGCUAAGAAGAAAAAGAAAGUCGGUGUUGUUAAAAAAAAACCAAUUGAAAAUGUUAAUUCUUCAAAUUCUUUACUAAAUGGUUCAGCACUUAAUAUUGAAGCACUUGCUAUUGCCAUUCGAGGAAAUGAAGAAAACUGGAAUCUUGUUAAACUGGCUAUGAAUAGUCAAUUGAAUAAGCGUAUAGAAGUUUAUAAAGACUGGCUGGGUUACGACAUUGAUUUACUCAAAUGGAUAUUAGAGUCUCGGGCAUCACCAUGUAUAUCUUCACUUUGGUUUUUGUCACCUAAUUGUGCACAAUUGGCUGCUGAUACUUUUUC